GUUGACGCCAACAACCCAGGCGAACAACAAUUCACGAACGUCCAUGACACCGUUGAGCACAGAGAUCUGUAUACUGGUAUGCUGGAGGCCAAACACUACUUGUGGAUUGGUCCACCCUCUUCACUCCCUGCCUUGUGGAAGGAGCUGCACAGCGACGCUUGCACAUUCUUGCCCAGGAAUUUCUCUGAUGCUCGCUUAGCCAUUCAGAAUCAGUUGAAGCUGAACUUCAACGAGGCUACCAUCUCGUACUGGCACGCUCUCCUACUUGAGGCUGUGCCGAACUACUGCGAGUACAUGUGCGCCCUGGAGGACAUCAUCAUGAUGGAGCUGCUGCAAAUAUUCAAGCUCAUGGCUGUUUUUGACCACGAGACCAACUGGAAGUUCGACUUCGUCGAGGGUUUCAGCGGGCGCCAGCGGUUGUCUCAAGCUUUCAGGCGCCAGCGCUUGCACGGCGUCGCUCUGGACAAUCGCUACAAUGACGACCUGGACUUUUCCAAGAAGAAGGGUUUCUUCGCUUUCCUCUGUGCAGCUCGAUGCCUGGUUCCAGGAGGAGAGUUCUGGUGGGGUAUCGAAUGCAAGACCUGGGUAUGGGUGAACAGAGUUACCCAUGGCAGGAGCAAGGAGAACCCUUUGGGAAAAGAAGAUGAGGCAGCAGUGAUUGCGGCCAACAACGUGUCCAAGCACUUUGUCUUCGUGGCGCUGAUUCUCUACUGGGGCCGCCGUCUCUACACAGUGGAGCAGCCAAAAAGCUCGUUGCUGAACUACGUGGACAUCGUCCAGACUCUCUUCGGCGUGCACAGCGUCACGACGGUGAACUGCGACCGCGGCUACUUCGACGAUCCUGAUUCCGCGGUCAAGCCGUUGAAGCUCAUGGGGGCGGCGCCCUUCGUGUCUCUCAUGCGCGCUACAGUGCCCUUUGCCGAUCGGACCCACAGGGCAAAGCUCACGACCGAGAAGAGGGGCAAGGCUGCCGACGGCAGCGUCAUCGUGAAGACUCACGGGGUCAAGGAGUUGAUGAGCGACAGCGAGCACUACUGCGUGGCCUUCGCGGAGGCCAGCGGCCAGCUCCUGCGGCCCUUGCCCGCCGGCUGCGGGCCGCGGGGCUCCAGCGCCGCGAUGGCUUGCUCUGCGGGUGCGCCAUGCCGCGCUGCUGAGAAGCCUGUCAUGCACUGCAUGAAGUGCAAGAAGGAGGCCAACGUCACCAACUCCAUCCCGUCUGGCUCGAAAACAGCUGAUUCGAGGAUCCACGACGCGUGCAAGCAAGUCGCCAAAGGUGUUUCGGACAGGGUCAAAAAGGACAAGAAGUUCAAGCUUUGGUGGGACAAAGCAUCAGACAAUGAGAAAGCAGAGUAUUUCGAUCGGCAGCGCAGGCGCAGGCAGCCCGGCAGAGGCCAGAUCGAGAACUGCCACAAUAAGGAGGAGGGCACUGAGGAUCGCGAGCGCUUCCUCUGGCAGCCGUUCGAGGACUUCGAAACCUUGAAGCUGAUCCGAGGAUGGACGAGCCAGGAGAUCAAGGAUGAGUGGUCCAGGUUGGUCAACGACCCUGCUGCGGGCGCCGCGAAGAUGCACGGCGAGUGGUGUAUCCCGAAGUUCGGCGGCGGCAUCACCGACCUUGUCAAGAGGGACAUGACUGGCACGAACAGCAAGCGGAGCGCCCAUGCUGCUGAUGCUGAUGCGGCUUCUCAACUUCUUGCUGAAGCGGCAGAGGUCCAGCGCUUGGCGAUGGCGGAACACCAGCGCGUCUUGGAAGCCGAGGUCGGUACCGUGACGAACGGAGGGAGGCACAACACCAUGGACACCGAGGUCGCUACUCGCAUGGUGCCUGAACUAGCUCAGCCACUCCAGCGCGAGAUGACGAGCCAGCUGAAGAGGAGGGUGCAGAUCGAGGAGGACGCAAUUCGCGACCUCGAAGGCCUUGGAGGAGCUACUGAUGAUGCUACGGAGGAGACGCAGGGCUGUUUGAAGAAGCCGAAGAAGGAGGCCAGCCUCGAUGCCCAGCGCGUCACCCUGUGGAAUUGGAUGCAGUCGAGAAAGGUGGCCUUGGGCAGCUACAAGAGCAACUUCGGCGUGAGCAAGGACGACGCCACGAGGGAGCUCAACGAUGUCGUCAAGAAGGACCUCGGCAGCGACGAGCUGGGCACCAAGGCGAAGGGAUCCGAGGCCAUGGUCUCUGCGUACGAUCGAAUUACCACACUCAUUGAUGACUUCAUCAGAACCUGGCUUACCGAUCGUGGGCCCUUGGAUGCCAUGACGCCAGAGCAGUUGGACCAGCGCAAGAAGGAGGUGACGACCGAGGAGGCCGAGUUGCGCAAGACUCGCUGUAUCCAGGAUUUCAAGGGCGCUCUCGGCAUCAGCGUGAAGUGUGUCAAGGACUACAAGAAGAAGCUUAACAAGCAGGGCAGUGCCGACGGCCCCAAGGGUGAGGUAGCGAACGAUCCGCAGUGUGCGAAGUCUUUAUCCCAGGUCGUUGAGAUUCUUGGCGACCAGUUCCAUCAUGGAGUAAGCAACGCGCCAACGGACAUCUGGAAGAACAAGGUCGCGCUGCUCAACAGGGCAACGGUCAAGACGAUGACCGACGACAUGAUGAAGUCGGAACCGUUCAAGAAGCAGUUCCAGUGGAUCGAGAAGCGCAGGAAGAAGGACAAGUCCAACGCGCUCGCCUGCCCCGUGGCGAAGGGACCCAUGGCUACGAACAUAUCCAAGCUGAAGAAGGAGGAGCUGCCGGAGUCAUUCAUCACAUGCUUGCCGCUCGCCGGCGCGGCGAAGGGCACGCCUGGCCACAACAUCCCAGAGAAGGUCAGCUUCCUGGAGAAGGGGUCACCAGAUGAUCUUCAGAGGCUCCGCACUUCGCACGGGUUCGCCUGCGUCAUGAUGCGGCCUGGAGAUGUGCUAGCCAUCCCAGCGAACUACUUCGAGCUCACGCAUGUCCCCUUGGGUGUUGGUGGAGACCACGGUGGAGAUUUCUACUUCCUUCGUUGGGGCGCGAGUCCAGAGACGAUCAACGACCCAAACUACACGGCGGUCUGGGACAAGAUCAAGAGUGGAGUGAAAAACAUGUUGGAGUCGUAUCCUAGCCUGGCCAAGGACAACCCACCGUAUAUGCAUGUCGCCAAGAUGCUUGAGGAUAAUGCGUGGAAUGGUCUUCACUUCUUCUGGGCGGCCCGGGCGGCAUCA